AGAACACAAGCUUUAAAGUAAGUGAAACAUGUGUGCCUCCUUUAUUUUUAAAAGAAACUUCUGAGAAGAGCUUAGAACAAUUUUUUCCCCCGAGUGCCAUUUCCCAAAGGUACUCACAGAACAAUAAGGUGUGACUGUAAUGGCUGCACUGAGUUGUCUUUUGGACAGCGUUAGAAGGGACAUAAAGAAGGUGGACAGAGAACUGAGGCAAUUGAGAUGCAUCGACGAAUUCAGCACGCGAUGCCUGUGUGACCUGUACAUGCACCCGUACUGCUGCUGUGACUUGCACCCGUACCCGUACUGCCUAUGCUACUCAAAGCGCUCGCGCUCCUGCGGCCUGUGCGACCUCUACCCGUGCUGCCUGUGUGAUGUCAAGCUUUACUGCCUGCGCCCAUCCCUCCGAAGCUUGGAGAGGAAAGCCAUUAGAGCCAUAGAAGAUGAAAAGAGAGAGCUUGCCAAAUUGAGAAGAACAACAAACAGGAUUCUGGCCUCCUCUUGCUGUAGCAGUAACAUUUUAGGAUCGGUGAAUGUGUGCGGCUUUGAACCUGAUCAAGUGAAAGUUCGAGUGAAGGACGGAAAGGUGUGUGUGUCGGCUGAGCGGGAGAACAGGUACGACUGCCUGGGAUCGAAGAAGUACAGCUACAUGAACAUCUGCAAAGAGUUCAGCUUGCCCCCGUGUGUGGAUGAGAAGGACGUAACGUACUCCUACGGCCUUGGCAGUUGCGUCAAGAUCGAGUCUCCUUGCUACCCCUGCACUUCUCCCUGCAACCCCUGCAGCCCCUGCAACCCCUGCAGCCCCUGCAGCCCCUGCAACCCAUGUGACCCUUGCAACCCGUGCUAUCCCUGCGGCAGCAGAUUCUCCUGUAGGAAGAUGAUUUUGUAAAGUGUAGGAAGCUAUGACUUAGUGUAGAAGUAGUUACUCCAACCAGGCAGCUCUUCCAGUGUUUCUCUUCCCCUUCCCAGGCUCUGUAACUUUAACACAUAGGAAACUGAAUACAUAACUGCAA